AUGGCCGCCGACUCCUCCCUUGUUGACCUCCAUGAUGCUUCCAUGUCUGAUGACAAGGACGAUCUGGACUCGCUCCCAUCCAUAUCUACCGACGACAUAUAUUCCGAUACCUCCGACACUGAUGCUCAAGCGGAGUGGGAGCGCAGCCUCGAACAACUACAGUUGAUACUGACAAUGAUGAUUGUGCCCUGGAUGGGUAAAUACUUUGGUCGCAAAUUCGCCUAUUGGAGUUGGUCACGAUACAUGGAGUGGGCCCAUAACGUCGAUAUUCGAUUGACAAAUAAGGCGACCUUCAAGGCGGCGGGCGUUGUGGAAACAGCGGCAACGUUAUAG